AUGGCACCCAAAACUGUUUUUAUUACUGGAGCAAACCGAGGAAUCGGACUCGGAAUUGUUCGUGAGCUACUGAAAGAUACUGGUAUUGAGACGAUUAUUGCCGGAGCUAGAAAUCUGGAAGCAGCCAAGGAACUCCAAUCCCUUUCUAAAUCUGAUGCACGUCUUCAUCUCAUUUCUAUAGAUGUUUCUGACGAUAAAAGUUUGGAAAAUGCAGUGAAACAAGUUGAUUCAAUUGUCGGAGAUCGAGGAAUCAAUCUUCUAAUCAAUAAUGCUGGAAUUAUUGAAAAAUAUCAGACAACAUCUACUCCCAAUAGAUCAGCAGUUUUGAGAUGUAUUGAUGUGAAUGCAGUCAGUUCAUUACUCAUUUCUCAGCAUUUCCUUCCACUUCUUCAAAAAGCUGCUACUCAUACUCAAGGAGAGGAACUCUCUGCUUCUAGAGCCGCCAUUGUGAACAUUGGAUCUGAUUGUUCGUCUCAAAAAUUGAAUGUGACGGGAUUCUGUAAUGAGACUUUGCUCGCUUAUAAAAUGAGCAAAGUGGCAAUGCUCAGCUUCGCUCGAUCUCUCGUUGCUGAUUUCAAAACAUUGAAUAUUCCAGUUCUUGUGACGACUAUUCAUCCAGGAUGGGUACUCACUGAUAUGGGAGGACCAGAUGCUGAGAUUACUAUCGAAGAAUCAGCUUCAAAAAUUGUGAACAGUCUUGGUCAAUUGAAUCAAUCUCACGCUGGAGGGCUGUUCGAUCGUCAACUUUCAGCCCUACCAUUCUAA